AUGUCUCAGAGUAACGAAUAUCAAAACACUAGGGAUGUCGUUGAGGCCGUUCGGCAUCCUGACCCAGCGGGCGCAGCCGCCAAAGCUCCCGGCGAGCGACCAAGGCAAAGUCUCGAGGAGAAAGAGAUGCAUAAUGGCCUGCCAUGCACAUCCGGAGAAGACGAAGAGAAGACAAUAGUAUCAUGGGAAGACGACGAUCCUGAAAACCCCUAUAACUGGUCCAGCACUAGGAAGCUCCUCAUCUUACUCCUCACCAUGAUGCUCAUCAUCAAUAGCACCAUGGGAUCGGCUUUGCCAUCCAAUGCCAUCCCAUAUAUAUCGGAACAGUGGAACAUUGCUUCGCCGCAACGCCAGAUCCUGCCCAUCUGCGUUUUCAUGAUCGGCUACUUCUUCGGACCCAUCCUCUGGGGGCCUCUGAGUGAACACUUUGGCCGCCGCAUCAUCACCAACGUGACUUUCAUUCUGUUCACCGUAUGGACGUUAGCUUGCGCUCUCGCGCCCAAUUUUGCGGCGCUGAAUGUGUUCCGUCUCUUUGUUGGCGUCUUCGCUAGCGCUCCGAUAGCUGUCGUUCCGGGCAUCAUGGCGGACAUAUACGGAAACCACGAGACUCGCGGCCGUGCUAUGUCGUUCUUCAUGGCUACUACCUGCUUCGGACCUCUCUUCGCCCCCAUCAUCUCAGGUUAUUGCUCGCCGUCUAUCGGCUGGCGGUGGACUUUCUGGAUCGGGCUCAUCUACGCCGGUGCUACCUUGAUUCCUCUCCUGUUCUAUCUUCCCGAGACAUCAGCCUCAAUCCUGCUCGCCCGCCGCGCCGCACAUCUACGAAAACUAGACCCAGUAGGCAACGCUCACAUCGUGGCAGCACGCGAUCUCGAGCACACGGAUCUUCACCAGCUCGUCACCGUGGUGCUGACUAGGCCGCUCCGCAUGAUCGCCUGCGAGCCCAUUGUCUCCUGCUCCUGUGCCUACCUCGCCUUGAUCUAUGCCAUCUUCUACAUGUCCUUCCAAGCCUUCCCGAUCAUCUUCAACACGCUCUACGGUCUCGGGCCCGGCCCCACGGGUCUCGCAUUCCUCCCCAUCGGCGGCGGCUCUCUCCUCAGCCUCCCCUUCUUCUUCGCCUACGACCCGACCCUGACGCGCCUCCGCCGGCGCCAUCCCGCCCUUCGCAAAGAAGAGUACCGCCGCCUCCCCCUCGCCUGCGUCGGCGGGCCCCUCUUUGUAGCCUCCCUCUUCUGGCUCGGCUUCCCCGCCCGCCCCUCUCUUCCCUUCUGGGUCCCCAUGCUCGCCGGCCUCCCCUUUGGCGCGGGCUUCAUGCUGAUCUUCAUGGCGCUGCUCAACUACCUCACGGACGCCUACGAAUCCUUUGCCGCGUCCGCCAACGCCGCCGCCUCCAUGGCCCGGUCCUUCCUCGCCGUCGUUCUGCCCCUCGCCACGCGGCCGCUGUUCGACCGCCUCGGUGUCGCGGGCGCGUCCGCCCUGCUCGGCGGCCUGAGCGCCGUCAUGGUGCCGAUCCCGUUCAUUUUCAUAUGGAAGGGGGACCGCAUACGCGCGGCGUCACCGUUUUGCAUUGCGCUUAGACAGCAAGAGGAUGAGAGGGAGCGGGAGGCCGAUUGGCGCCGGCGAAGGCGGGAGCAAGCUGCUGCUGCUGCUGCUGCUGCUGCCGCCGCCGAAGAUGCGCGACAGGCGUCGCCAAGGGGUGCGGGCGUUUGA